AUGUUCCGGGUAUACAAUGCAAUCGGUCAAGCGUGGGAGGAUCGCGAUCUAAUGGAGAAGUUUUUGUUUGAUUUGUCGCCCUUUUUAGAGGAAGAACAUGGGAAGAGGUACUCGAUAAUACCCGUACUCCAGAAAGUGCAGGGGUAUUCGUAUAGGUCCUGUUGUAGAAGUCUGUUCCAAACUCUUGUAACGAGGGCACCCCAUUUGAGUUUAGUUCCUUUCUUCUAG